AUGCAAGUGGAAAUGCCCUUCUUUUGUACCGAGGAGGGACGCUACUUAGCUUCCUUAAUUGCUUCCAUUCCAGCACUCGGCGAUCCGUUGAUAAAAGGUCUAACUGAAGUCGCCAGCAAGCGGCCUUCGGAUCCAAUUGCUUAUCUCGCUCAGUAUUUGUAUCAGUUUGCGAAUAAUAACAAUAGGGCACAAUCAAGAGGUCGAACUCAGGAAAGUCAAAAUAUGAUAACAGUUGGAACUCCACCAGAAGUAGAAAGUGAAGAAUUGGCUCCUCCACCAAUGCCGCACGCAAACAUCGAUGUUGUCACUCUAGAUCCCAAUGAAAACAUGCCAGAAGAAGAAUCAGCUUUUAGUCCUACUAGCCGGGACGAGCAUGGUCAAAGCAUGUUGCACUUUGCUGCCGCCCGAUCGCACGGCCGCAACGCUUUAUUCCAGCUGCUAGUGGAAACAAACAUUAAUAUCGGUUACCGAGAUGAGCUCUAUCGCACUGCUAGGGACAUCACGGUGCAAGCGGCCGUGCCGGAAAACACGCUCGAGAUUGAUAGAUACGUGUUGCAAAUUGCCACUCAAGGAGACACAGAUAAAUUAGUUGAACUUUUGUUAGAUGGUUACGAUCACAUUAUAGACAUUAUAGAUGAAGAUGGUGUACCAAUUUCUGAGGCUGCCAAUCAGGCAAAUCAACCAGACACAGUGGCAUUUUUACAUUCAAUUUUGGCGUUUGAAGAACGACGUGAGCGUGUGCAUCAUGCGAUCCGCGAAGGAAACCUAACCGACGUGCGACAAAUGCUAGCUGAUGCAAACGACACCGGUAGUGGUCGUUUACUAGCAAUCGGAAAGAACAGCUACGGUAGGUGUACUCUACACGUGGCUGUACUAUGUCAACAGGAAGAAAUCGUCGAUUAUUUGGCGAAUACAUUCCCGGAAACAUUAAGCAUUGGAGAUAACCUGGAUAGAACUGCUUUGCAUUAUGCGAUGGGUAUUGAAAAGAUUGAGUCGAUUAGUCGAGUAUUGAUUAAAUCAGGAGCAAAACGGGUCUCAAAAGACUUAAAAGGGCGUCAACCAACUUACUACUUCAUGAAUAAAUCUGAUAUAUUGCGCCUGCAGGAAGAAGAAGAAACAUUCUAG